AACCCACGCAGUCUUCUUUCUCCUUCACGCUCAAAACGCACGCACAGCUCCUCUCUCUCUCUCUCUCUCUGUCGAGCUUCUGAUCUUCUCUCCUUCACGCUCAACACGCAGUUCUCUCUCUCUGGGUUGGCAUCUCAGGGUGAAAGAAAAUGGCACUGGGGUUGAUCUUAGGCUUAGGAAGGGCAUUUAGAAGAAAGCGGACAUCAUCCCUUGACAUUCUCUCUUCAAAGCGGGCACCACGAGAUUACUACAAAGGGAAGAACUGCAAACCCACUGGAUUCCAUACCCGCAAAGGUGGAUAUGUUGUGGUAAAGGAAAAGCUGCCAAAUUAUGUAGUCCCGGAUUUAACUGACUUCAAGCUAAAGCCAUAUGUCUCACAGUGCCCGAGAGAACUUAAAACUACAGAAGCAGCUGAUGCAGUAAAAUAAGGCAGCUAUGUGACUGUAGCUUUGAUCCCCCUCUUUAUGUUCUGGUGAUAACCGUGAUAUUGUGAUGAACAAAUCUGACUAGUUUUGAGAAAAUAUAACGUCAGUUUGGAUGUUACUUCUUAAAUUAGAAGAAUUAUAUGAACAUGUUGAGUACUUUCACCCCCUGUUUCAUAUUUUCAACGAUUGUGACUUUAGCAUGAAUUCAAUAAAAUUUGCAAAAUAUAGAAUUAUGGGAUUUUAGACGAA